CGCUGACCGUUUCGCCGAAACAGCGGAGCAGCGCCGGCGAUCCCGACCGCGUCGACCGCAGCCUCCGUCGCUCUCGCCGUCGGCACAGUCACUCGGCGGAGCUCAGCUGCGGCGGAAGGGAGGACGCCGCUCGCCCGCCGCCGAAGGAUACCCACGCUCUCGUUUCGCGGCCUCCGGCACCGACGGCAGCGGCAUGUGGACGACCGGGUGCCCCGCACGCCUCCUCCGGGAACAGGGCUUCGGACCGCGGUAUCUCAAGCUCUUCCUAAUCUUCCUCACGGCAACAUUCCAAGCGGGAGCGUCAGAAGCCGAGGACCUCGUACCCAACCUCUGCAAUCUCAUCGACCAAGCGCUAUACUGCCGCUGCGACACGGACGAUAUCACUGAUGACGCGACCGAAGUGACUUGCUACGUGGUGAAAGACAUCGCCGAAGCCGACAUCGUCUUCAAAGCCUUCGCGAAGCAGCCGUCCAUCGUCUCGAUUGUGUUCAGUUCGCUCAGUGAGGACCAUCACUUAAAGUUUGUUCCUUCCGACGUCCUGCCACAUGCUCCCGUCUUGGAGCGUCUUAAGUUCUCCCAGGCGGAGUUGGGUGUUUUGAAGACACACGCCUUCUACAACCUGACGAAACUGGCGGUGCUGUCCCUCGACUCCAACGAGAUAACGGAACUGGAGACGGACUGCAUCUCGCAUCUGCCUCGCCUGAAGAAGCUGGAACUGGCGGACAACAAGCUAAAGAAGAUGCCUGCGCGAGCCCUGUCUCACCUACCGUCGCUGACGCAAUUGUUCCUGGAGCGGAACAAGAUGACGGUCAUAGAGGACUUUGCCUUCGCGGGCCUCGGCAAGGUUAAAGAGCUAGACCUCAGCGACAACUCCAUCGAGGCCCUCACCGAGCAUAGCUUCAAGGGCCUGUCGCGGGUCCUCAGGCUCGACAUGUUUCGAAACAAGCUGAAGAGGCUGGAAGCCCGGGUCUUCGGCGGCUUGUCGUCCCUGGUGGAGCUCGAUCUCAAGUACAACGAGAUCUCCGAGGUCGAUCCGCUGGCCUUCGACGGUCUGCCGCACCUGACCAUCGUUUACCUCUCGUUCAACCGGCUCCGCGUCCUGCCGGCGCACAUGUUCAUGGGAGCUCCCAACCUUGUGACCGUGGACCUGUCGCAGAACCAGCUGGUCACGCUUACCUGGAGGACUGUCCAGGACUUGAGGAAGAUUGACGCUGAGUCCUUCGACAUGAGCCUCACUGGUCAGUGUUUUGUUUUGUUUUAUUUCUGUUCCCUUGUACUCGAGAAGCUUCUGCAUAGAUAUUGCCCCAUGGUAUCUUCGCCACGUUCUUUCGAACACACUGCGCCGUCGUGCUAG